AUGGGGUCGGUUGAGCCAGGAAAGCCGUUCGAGAAGAUCAUCAUCGUCGGAGCCGGUCCGGCCGGGCUGCUCCUCGCCCUUUUACUCUCCCAACACAACAUCCCCUCUCUCGUGCUGGAGUCAUGGGACAGACUGGACGAACGCCUGCGGGCGACCCAGUAUGGCGUGCCGGCGACAAGGAUAUUCCGCAAAGCGGGACUCUUGGACGACUUUCGGGAAGCGAGCAUCACCAGUUUUCCCAGCAUCUGCUGGCGCCGAGUCAGUGAUCAUCAACGACUGGCGGGCAUUGACCUCUCGGUGGUCAGAGACCAUCCGGAUCGCAUGACGAUUCUCCCCCUGAACGAGAUCAUCAAGAUCAUGUACAAGCAUUGUCUGGAAAGGGGGAACGGGCUGAUCGACAUCAGAUUCAACCACAAGGUUGUUGGCACAGGCCAGGAUGAUAGCUCUGCUUGGGUGGACGUCGAAGCUGGGGCCGAAGGGGAGGUCAAGGAGAAGAAGCGAUUCAGCGCCGACUACGUCGUGGGUUGCGAUGGAGGUUCCAGUACGGUCAGAAAAUCAUUGUUUGGCCGUGAAUGGCCGGGCCAGACGUUUGAUUUUCGCCUGUUGGUCCAAAAUGUCUGGUACGACGGGUUCGAAAAGCACGGCUGGGAUGGUGGGAACUACAUGAUCGACCGCGACUAUUGGGGGCUCAUCGCGAAACGUGGCAAAGGUGGUCUCUGGCGCGUCACGUACGGAGACAAGGCGACGGGUCUCACAGAUGAGGAGUACCUAGCACGGCGAAACACGGCUUUCAAGAAACUCCUCCCCGGCCAUCCCGAUCCAGGACAGUACAAGAUCACACAGACCGACCAAUUCCGCAUCCAUAACCGGUGCGUCGAGAAGAUGAGGGUCGGACGGAUCCUGCUGGCGGCUGAUGCUGCACACGUCUGCAACCCCUUUGGUGGCUAUGGUUGCAUGACGGCGGUCUUGGACAUCGGCGGUCUCGCGGAUUGCCUGGUCGGCUUCUACGAGGGCAAGGCGGACGAGAGCAUCCUCGACCUGUACGCCGACAUCCGCCGUGAGAAGUUCCUGAAAUAUGUGGACGCGAGGUCGAUGAAGAACUUGAACAGAAUCAUGAACACCGACCCGGACACCGCGUUGGAAACCGAUCCUUUCCUCCAGCUGCUCAAGGGGUUGGAAGGUGAUGCCGAAGCAACCAAGGCAUUCUUGUUGAGCUUUUAUGGCAGGACUGACCCAUAUCCUCUCCAGAAAUACUCCAGCAUCGAGUACGACUUCACGCAACACUACAAACAACAAUGA